GGUGCUGAAGAGAGGCCUGUCCUGGGCUUAGGUUAAGUCUAAAGGACUUUUACAUUUGGCUCAGCCUAUGCAGAACAAGCAGAAUUGUCUGCACUGAGUGCAGGUGGUCAGAACUAGCAUUUCUUUACUCUGCCUGGUACUUGUUAUUAAUUCAUUGGGGUUCCAGUCUAGCAUCAGACAGGGCCCCUGGCUUUCCUGGAUUCUGGCGAGUCUAGCAGGAGUCAGUUUAUGGAGCAGUGUGAACUUGUCCCAGAGGGCCUGGAGAGUUGUGCAGCAUGGUUUUCAGUUGUUCCUUUGCUGGCAUUUGUGACCUGUGCCUCAGUGGGGACACUUUGCUCCUGCUGCCUUGAAAGAUCAUGUGAAAGGAGCGACUGCUAAGAAGUUACAUUUUUCCAAAGAGCCCAUCUGAGCUCUCCUGUGGUCCCCAGUUCACUUUGUAUCAACGGGGCCUUACUUUCUGCCAUGAAGCCCUCGGCUGUUUCUUCCAAGUUCCUCCUGCACUUUUCUCCUGCUGAUUGCUUUUCUGCUUAUGGGAGGAGGGAAGACUGGGUGCCUUCUUCGUCAUUCUACAGAUACAUCAAUGGAUCCGCAACCAUCUGUGGAGAACAUAAGCCCUAGCAGCCUUUGGGUGCCCUUGCCGGUACUUCACCUCACCUCCUGGAUGUGGCCAAGAUACUGGCCAGCAAGAUGUCAACAUGGCAAGAAGUGAUAACUAACGCCAUUACCUGUGCUUUACCCUUGGUUCUGCCACCCCACCUUUCCAGUCUCCUGUCUGCCCAGACACCUACCUACAGCAGAAAUUUGGACCCAGUGGCACCAAGAUGCCUGUCUGUGGGUUGCAAACGCAUUCUUUCUAGUUUAUGUACCUGGACCCAGGGAGGUCUCACCUGUGCCGAUAGUCUUCGUUUUCAGAGUCUUGUCAGGACAGUGCCGGAAGAAUCUGAAUGCACAAGAUGGCCUGGAUGUGGGUCCUGGACAGGGUGUAGGGAUACUUGUGUGUCUACCUUCAAGGAUGCCACCUCUGGUCCCAGUCAGAAAACUCCAUGGAAGGGAAUAGAAUUUCUUCACCUAGUGGCAGGUUUGAGUGGGAUACAACCCUUGGCUUCCGGCCAAGCAGCCACACCUGCUCCAGUGGGCGGGGUCCCGAGUCCGCCAAAGGUAGGCGGACCUGGUGUAGGAAGCCCUAGAGCACAAAGCCAGAGUGCAGCUGGGGCCUGCCAGGCUCCAGAGGGAGUCCGCGCCCAACACGGUAGCCCCGUGCCUACCAACCACGCAGCGGCGCCAGAGCUCGCAGUCAGGCUUGCUCCUCUGUUUGCCAAGAUGUCACGUGGUGCAGGCCCGCGGAGCCCGGUGAUAGGCGGCGAGCGAAACUCUCGUCCCGCCCACUUCGGUCACGUGGUACGGCCGGCGCAGCUUGAUAACGCAGCUCCCAGCCCCUCGGCGCCGCUCCCGCCCCGCCCCGCCGCUGCCGCCGCGCCGAGUCCUUUUGUCCAAGAUGGCGGCGCCGGGGGCGCUGCCUCCUGGGCUGCCGCCGCUGCCGCUCUGAGGGACCCGCGGGCCGCCCGCCCGCCAAGCCGGCGCAAUGAAGCGGCAGAACGAGCGAGACUCCAGCCCGAGCGGGCGUGGCUCGUCAUCGUCCGCCAAGCGGCCGCGGGAGCGCGAACGGGAGGCAGAGGCGGGCGGGCGGCGAGCAGCGCACAAGGCCUCCGGCGGCACCAAGCACCCGGUUCCAGCGCGGGCUCGUGACAAGCCCCGCGGCAGUGGCGGAGGCGGCGGGCAUCGCGACGGGCGCGCUGCUGGGGAUGCGAAUCACCGAGCAAGCAGCGGGCGCUCCUCAGGCGCGCCCGGAGGCGGAGGACGCACCGGCAAGGCCUCCGGGGACCCGGGUGCUGGCAGCGCGUCGCCCCGCGCAUCUCCACUCCCGCCGCCCCCGCCGCCCCCCGGGGCGGAACCUGCGGGUCCCGGUUCCACGGCGGCUCCGGAGUACAAGACGCUCCUCAUCAGCAGCCUGAGCCCCGCGCUGCCGGCCGAGCACUUGGAGGACCGGCUCUUCCACCAGUUCAAGCGGUUCGGUGAGAUCAGCCUGCGCCUGUCACACACACCGGAGCUGGGCCGCGUGGCCUAUGUGAACUUCCGGCACCCACAGGACGCGCGUGAGGCCCGCCAGCACGCCUUGGCCCGUCAGCUGCUGCUCUACGACCGCCCGCUCAAGGUAGAGCCCGUGUACCUGCGCGGCGGCGGGAGCAGUCGGCGCAGUAGCAGCAGCAGCGCCGCUGCCUCCACGCCGCCCCCAGGACCUCCCACGCCCGCCGACCCUCUGGGCUAUCUGCCCCUGCACGGGGGCUACCAGUACAAGCAGCGCUCGCUGUCUCCGGUAGCCGCCCCGCCCCUGCGGGAGCCCCGUGCGCGGCACGCCGCGGCAGCCUUCGCCCUGGAUGCUGCUGCCGCGGCUGCCGUGGGACUGUCUCGGGAGCGAGCCCUGGACUAUUACGGGCUGUACGACGACCGCGGGCGCCCGUACAGCUACCAGGCCGUGUGCGAGGAGGACCUGAUGCCGGAGGAUGAUCAGAGAGCCACUCGAAAUCUCUUCAUCGGGAACCUGGACCACAGUGUAUCUGAAGUGGAGCUUCGACGGGCCUUCGAGAAGUAUGGCAUCAUUGAGGAGGUGGUCAUCAAGAGGCCUGCCCGCGGCCAAGGUGGUGCCUAUGCCUUCCUCAAGUUUCAGAACCUGGACAUGGCACACAGGGCCAAGGUGGCUAUGUCUGGCCGGGUGAUUGGCAGAAACCCUAUAAAGAUAGGCUAUGGCAAGGCUAACCCUACCACCCGCCUCUGGGUGGGUGGUCUUGGACCUAACACCUCGCUGGCGGCCCUGGCCAGAGAAUUCGAUCGCUUUGGGAGCAUUCGGACCAUCGAUCACGUCAAAGGAGACAGCUUUGCCUACAUCCAGUACGAGAGUCUGGAUGCAGCCCAAGCUGCCUGUGCUAAAAUGAGGGGCUUCCCCUUGGGUGGUCCAGAUCGCAGGCUCCGGGUGGAUUUUGCCAAAGCAGAGGAGACUCGCUAUCCCCAGCAGUACCAGCCCUCACCUCUCCCUGUGCAUUAUGAGCUGCUCACUGAUGGAUAUACCCGGCAUCGAAACUUGGAUGCUGACCUUAGGGUGCGGGAUAGGACCCCUCCGCACCUUCUGUAUUCAGAUCGAGACCGGACCUUUUUGGAAGGGGACUGGACCAGCCUCAGUAAAAGUUCAGACCGCAGAAACAGCCUGGAGGGCUAUAGCCGCUCAGUGCGCAGCCGGAGUGGUGAGCGCUGGGGGGCAGAUGGGGACCGGAGCAUAGCCAAGCCCUGGGAAGAGAGACGAAAGCGGAGGAGCCUUUCCAGUGACCGCGGGAGGACAACUCACUCCCCUUAUGAGGAACGGAGCAGGACCAAGGGUGGGGGGCAGCAGUCUGAGCGAGGCUCGGACCGCACCCCUGAGCGUAGCCGAAAGGAGAACCACUCCAGUGAAGGGACCAAGGAGUCAGGCAGCAACUCCCUCAGCAACAGCAGACAUAGUGCUGAGGAAAGGAGCCACCACCACCACCACCACGAGGCUCCAGACUCUUCCCAUGGGAAAAAGACUAGAGAGAGUGAACGCAAUCAUCGGACCACUGAGGCAGAGCCCAAGACUCUUGAAGAGCCAAAACAUGAGACCAAAAAGCUAAAGACUCUGUCAGAGUAUGCACAGACACUGCAGCUGGGUUGGAAUGGGCUCCUAGUGCUGAAAAACAGCUGCUUUCCGACUUCUAUGCACAUCCUUGAGGGGGACCAGGGGGUUAUCAGUGGUCUCCUCAAAGACCACACUUCUGGCAGCAAGCUGACCCAGCUAAAGAUUGCCCAGCGUCUUCGACUGGAUCAGCCCAAGCUGGAUGAGGUCACCCGUCGCAUCAAGCAGGGGAGCCCUAACGGCUAUGCUGUGCUCCUAGCCAUCCAGUCAACCCCCAGCGGGCCUGGCGCUGAGGGGAUGCCCAUGGUGGAGCCAGGCCUACAGAGGCGGCUUCUCAGGAACCUAGUCUCCUACUUGAAACAGAAGCAGGCUGCAGGGGUGAUCAGCUUGCCGGUGGGUGGGUCUAAGGGCAGAGACAGCACUGGCAUGCUCUAUGCCUUCCCGCCCUGCGACUUUUCACAGCAGUACCUCCAGUCAGCACUUCGGACAUUGGGCAAGUUAGAGGAAGAACACAUGGUGAUAGUUAUAGUAAGAGACACCGCCUAGCCCACCUGCGUCUUCCAGCUGUUUGUGUCACAGAAGCAAUUAUUCUAAAAACCUGCUCCUUCUCUACCUACCUUACCCUGGUUUGAAUUCUCUGCUGGGUUUUUGUGGUUCAUUUGGUGGCAUCCUGUUCACUGCUAAAACUAAGUUCUUAGAUUUGGGGGGAAUUUUUGUUUUUAUAAGAAGAAACUGUUGUUUCCCGUGUAUGAGAUUCUGUCUGCUGUAUUCUGUAUUUUUUUAUAUUUUAUUUUAUUUUUUUGACUAACUGUAUGGAAAAUUGUCAGUAAAGCCUUUGUCAGAGGAUGAAUUUUUAAUCCCGCCAGAGUCCUGGUUUAAUCAGGUAUUUUUCAUAAAGAAUGGAAGGCUUCACCCAGUGCAUGCUGUAUGUCAUGGUUUUUGGCACAACUGCUUUUAAAAGUUGUGCUAUGCUGGUCGUGCUCAGCUCUCUGCUGUCAGGACCCUGCUCACACUUGUCACCCUUAGCUGCUGGCCAGCAGGCUUACAAGGCAUGGGCCCUGUGAUACCACCCUGGGCUGAGCCCACUCAGCAGAAAAGCCCGGGCCUAAGAUCUGUGCCAACAGCUGCAGGUAGUUUUGUUGUUUUUCCUGCCCUAAGUGUGUGCUUCAGUUUGAGCUGUGGCUGUUAGACAGAGCACCCAGUUACAAAAGCCUGUUUGACAGAGUAGUUUUCAGUUGUGUAGUCUUGCAUUUGAAGGGGAGGAACAGUGCAAUAUUGAUGCAAAGGGCCAAGUGCAUGACCUGUCCAAGUACCCUCUGGUUCAGUCUUCUAGUCUUACUGUAGGUUAGGGUCUCCUCUUUCAGUCAUCUGCCUAAUUCCCAGGGGUCUUGUAGGUAAAAUGUUGGCCUGCAGGCUGAGAGGCAGCCAGACUUGUUAACUCUUCAAUGUGCUUCCUUUGCUCUCAGGGCUGUGUCAGAGGCCUGUGCUGCAGUCAGACCUCAAGCUUUGUGGCAAACAGACCCCCAACUACAGUGCUCAGUCUGCAAGGGAGUCAGUGCCAGGAGGAUGCCCUGGAUGAGUGACUUAGUGUUCCGUGUUCUGACCCAGGCAUGAGGUAAGGAAAUAGUACUCCUUUGUGAGAAAGAAGUCACAGUUGUGAUGGGAUAGAGCCCAAAAUCCAUAUCAACUCUGUAUGAAGGAAAGAUUAAGGAGUCCUAUGUCUGGGAGGGGAAAGUGACCUAAGGGAUCUAGGCUCUGCUUUUGUUGUCUCAAGCAGAAAGCCAGUUCAGGCAACAGUUGUCACCAAGAUCACAGCCAGGCUCAGAAUGUGGCAACAACCCUGGUUAAAGGUUCUGAUCAAAACCUAGCACUUAGAGUCAGGCCUGCUCCGAGCUAGCACCUGUGACCCGUGGGCUCUGAGGUGGACCUUGAAGGUUGUAUGGAGUUCAUGUCUGUCUACAGGGACAGGGUUUUAAGAGACUGGACAAGAACAGGGAAUUUCCACUCACUGGGCUUUGACUGAUAUUCAUGAGAAACUAAAGAUGGCUCUAAAACAGGGGUUUUCCUCCUGUGGGUCACAACCCAUUUGGCAAACCUGUAGCCCCCAAAGUACUUGCAUUACAAUUCAUAACAGUAGCAAAAUUAGUUAUGAAAUAACAACAUAAUGUUCUGGUUGGGGUCACCACAGCGUGAGGGAGUAUAUUAAAGGGUUGCAGUGUCAGAAGUCUGAGAACUCCUGCUCCAUGGCAUUAUGAGAGUCAGUGUUAACGUAUCCAACCAUGUUUGCUUGAGCCGGGGCCACUUUCUCCAGGGCAUGGAGCAAGGCAGGUCGACUUGACUGCAAGUCUUUGUCAUACCAGCAGAAACCAGAGCAGGCCUCAUCUUGACUGCUGCAGUUUUUCUUACAGAUCCUGAACAGUGUCAUAGAACAGUUGUAGCACAGCUGAGUCCCUAUAACAAAGUGGGUUUCAUCAGCCGUGUGCCCUACCCAGACAGAACUUUAUUAACUCUUUUGGAAAAGGGUACCCUUUGGCUCUAGUGAUAACCUGCUUCUUGGUGAACAACCAUAGCCCACUGUCACCUGCCACCUUCCUCAUUGGACCAUCUUGUCCACUUCCUUUUAGUUCUUAAGAUGUAACAGGAUCUGUGGCCUCUCAGCUAGCACUAGAGAAGGUAGGUCAGGUGGCCAAGGCCUUGUUUGAUCAUGACAUUGUCUCCAGUGAGAAAGCUGACAGCAGGUACCCAGCACCUGAGAUACUGCAUCAAGACAAGAAACAUGAGCAGACAAAAACCCCUAAUUGGUAGGUUUCAUAGCCUGAGUCUUAAGUGACUCAGGUUUUGAACCCUAGGAAGAAUAUGGAAGUUGGAUGUUUUCUUCUAGUCUCAUGAGGCACAUUCCUAAGGGAGUGUUGUCAAGUCAACCGAAAUUGCUUUCCUAUUAAAUGUGCUCACCUCUACCUUGGGAGGCCUAUGGGUAUUCCCGAGAGCCCCUGGCAGAAGCGCUGCACUAGUGUAAGCACAGGGGUUUUAACUGUUUUCAGCUGCAUCCAUCCAGCACCAGCUACCAGGCUUCUAACUGGCUGGCAUCAGCUAACCAUUUAAUGCCAUGGCAUGAAGCAAACAAGGAGCUGAGGCCUUGGCUUUCUUAAGAGGACCAGGAUGUACGUCUGUGAUACUGGCCACUUCAGGGACAGGUUGUGUUCUUGGUGUAGCAGGCUCCACCCACCCCUGGAGAGUUUUCACUGUCUUGUGUUGUUUACUUUUUAACCAGUACACCCUUCUCUCAGCAAAGAGAAGUGUUUCUGUGGCUGUGUAAUGCCUAUGUAACAGAAACAGAAGCUACAAUUUGGGCACAAUCAGAGAAAAAAA